GUACCAGACGAUUCCAAAACAGUUUAGCCACUAGUUUGUGAAUGGUCAAAGCAUGGACUAGAGAAAAACGAAGAUUGAAAAGUGAAACGUGAUGGCAACGACGAACCGUAGUCGCAAAAAUAUUCUCACACUAAACGGUGUCAGCGGCUUCAAUGGGGUGCAUUUAAACAAUCAGCACCAUCAUCAACAUAAUCUACUCCACCAGCCGCAGUUGGCUCAACCGCAACAUCCGCUGCAGCAGCAACAGGAUGCCAGCGCUGCCGGUGUCGUCGAAGGACUCCCGAAGCCAUUUGUGUCCGCCAUGCGCACGUUGUUCGAUAUUAUGGACGACGACAAAACUGGUUUGGUGAAGCUGGCCGACAUCGAAGAUCGUUGGCAGGACGAUGGCUCCAAGGGUCUGCCGCGAGGUGUAAUUGAUAGUUUGCGCAAAGUUACGCCCCCUAAUGGGUUGCUCUCGUUCGAGCGUUUCUGCAGUGGGCUCAAGAUUUGCCUGGUACGAAAUCAAACCGAAGCGAGUAGAACGAGUCGAUUCUCCAAAGAGUCAGAAAAACUACCCCUCUCACCGACCAAACUCUCCGUUCGGCCACCGUCCGCACCGUUGCUCGAUCUGGAUAACAUAUCCAAACCCUCGUGGACCAGCACUAGUGCCAACACAGCAACGGUCAGGCCGAACAAUGCCAUGCCAGCGCAGAAGACACUCAGUAUGCCGCAGCUCAAUCCAGACAGUGACCUAGAUCUGGAAUCACCCCCAAUUAUCCUUCCGGGAGCUUUCGGCCCUCCCAAGCCCCCUCGAGUGUCGCUGAACCUUGAACGAAUUCAGCCAGUGCAAGCCAGCUCGAACAUCGACAAAGCGGAAAUUCGCAACGCUCUUCAAAACUGGCAAAUGUCGCUUCUCAUGAAUGAAACUGACAAACCGGACAAAACGCAUCUCCGGUUGGCCCGCGGGUCAGCCGACGGUCAGAUUGACCUCUCCAACACGAGUUCAUCGCCCUCGUUGGGCAUACACACGACCGGUCUGUACCAGAAGAAGAACGGUGGUGGUGGUGGGAGCAGCAGCCGACGACGAGAGCCCCGAAGGCAUACGCUGCAGAAUGGCGUCGAUUACAAUAUGCUCAAGCGGCUGAAGCAGAUCGAACAGGAGAAAGACAUCCUGCUGCAGGGGCUGACGGCGGUGGAGAAGGCUCGCGAUUGGUACCUGAAACAGCUGUCCAUCGUGCAGGAUAAGAUCAAGUAUCUGGGCCGGUCCGGAGCGCAUAUGGAAACCUGGACCGAUACCCAUCAGGAGCGCUUGGAUCUGCAACGGGCUCGUGUUCUGGAGGUGAAUCGUCACCUUAUGACGCUGGCCGAGAGCUGGGAACGUGGAGGGUUCCCUAUGCACAUGAACCUAGCUCUUCGUCCACCGGGUACUAUGUCCUUCCAUCGUCCACCGCAACACCAACAACAACAACAACAACAACAGCAGCAGCAACAGCGUGCACAAGCUCAAACCCAACCUUCCGCAAAUCCACCCGGAAGUGGUCAACAGACAGAAAUGGUCAACCGACUGAAGCAGCAGAACGUACAACUUUCCGAGGAGGUUAACCAGAAGAACGAAAAGCUGUCACUGCUGGAACGGGAAAAAUCUUCCCUGAUACGAGAGCUGCUGCAGCUGCAGCGAGCCAACCGAGCCAGCAGUAUGACUUCCAACACCGAGGAAAUGGUGUUUUAAGGUGUCAUGUGUUAAGGUAGAUAGGGAAAUUGGGCCAUGUUUCGAUGGAGAUUGCCAUCACAGAUUUCGUGCUUUUCCGAGUUACAAUCGCGCUAGUCAGUUUAGCAGAUUCACAAAUAAAACCCGAAAGUAUCUUAAUGUGUAAUCAUAGGUGGAGUUAGGCGGAAGUAUUUCAUUGUGAUUUAAGGUGUUAUUUUGUCGAAAUUUUUUUAACCGAUUAAAAAUUGUUUUGAAAAUAAAGAUUAUUUUUGUAUGA